UCUAAUUAGGUCGUUUAUAUGACAUUUUAGUUUUUCCUUAAAAAUGUCAAAGGUUAUGUGGGUAAAGGCUGCUAGAUAUUGGCAUCUCUUCUGAGAAUGAAAUGAGAUAUCACACCACUACAAUGUUACAAAAAUCAUUAGAAGUAUCUCAAUAAAAAAAACACAAUUGCAAUGUCAAAUAUGUUUAAACCCCACGAGUCGCAAACAACUAUUUCCUGAUUAUAGGUGACGUAUAUGUUUGUGAAUGAAUCUGCCGACAGAGGCACCGCAACGGCUGAUGCAAGGUUGCACAAAGUACUAAGGAUCCGGUUAGUUUAAGAACCAGUUGAGACGUAACAGCGGUCCGUCUCCGCUUUGGAGGGCAACAAGCAAUUGAAAACCUUUUCGGAGACCAACAUCUAUACAUUUCAAUAGAAAUAUAUUAUUUCUAUGCCGACAUCCCGGAAGCUAAAUAUCAAGUUUUAGCUGUGCAGCCGACGGGAACCCAAAAUAUCAAAAGAUGUCAGCUAGUGCCAACGGUCGCUCCAUGUAUUUCGCGUUUGGAAGUAAUUUGUUGAAGGAAAGACUACAACUGGCGAACCCCUCUGCGACGUUUGUCACCACCGGACGACUAAAGGACUAUGAGUUAAACUUUGGCCUGUGUGAGAAAACUGAACACACCGUUUGGCAUGGUGGAGUGGCCACCAUUGCUUCCUGUCCAGGGGCAGACGUGUGUGGGGUAAUCUGGACUUUGAGCAAUGAGGACCUCCCGAGGCUUGACAUACAGGAAGGGGUGAAGAAAGGAAUAUACUCUCCUCUGGAGGUUUCAGUGGAGACUGACAAAGGACUCAUAAUCUGCAGGACUUAUCGAAUGAUGAAUUUCCACGCCUGCCCCCCCUCUCCUCAGUACAAACAGGUGGUGUGUCUGGGUGCAAAACAGAACGGACUCCCGGUGGAAUACCUGAAGAGGCUGGAGGCCAUUCAAACCAACAACUACAGCGGCCCGUCUUUGCUUGACACAAUCAGGGUAGACAAGUAGAGCUCGAAAGUUCACAUUACUGGAUAUGGAACUUCCGUGGAGAGGAACACCAAUUACAUUACAUUACAUUACAGUCAUUUAGCAGACGCUUUUAUCCAAAGCGACUUACAAUUCAGAAUCUAUCACA